GUACAAUCACAUUUACAAGUGUAAUUGGGGUAGGCAGAAACAAAUGAAGUGUAACUGAAGUAGGCAAAAGUUUAGGAAUAGUGUAAUGCUCAGUUAAAUCGCGGAGCUGUCACCGUGUUUACACUUACGUGACCACCGUGACAAGCUCCGGCGCUCCCACACGCGUUUGUUCUCUUGGCAGGGAUACGCUUGCGUUCAGAGUAUCAGGUAACAGGCACACGUGACGGAUUUUGCGAAGAACAUAGCGGGUAAAGAAAGCUUAAAUAUGUCGACUGGAAUGAUUGAAUUUAAUGUGUUUUUAUCAGCAAUUGAAGACGAGGAUAUAUCUUGUAUCCGUUUAUCAUAAACGCCGAGAAGACAUCCCCUUGCCCUUGUGUCACAACAGCAGAGCCCUUUGAUGCGAGGCUGGACUCUAGCACCUUGCCAUGGCACAACAAGGUGCCCCCAACCCUGGCCACACCCUUUUUGAUAAUUUCGUCCAGGCCCAAACCUGCAAGGAAGUGUUGCACAACUUUAAAGAGCUUUGUCGCCACCUGGAGGUGGACCCCUGUGACUACCGGUGCUUCUAUCCCAAGCUGAAGGAAAGGCUGAACUACUGGAAGGCCAAGGCACUCUGGGCCAAACUGGACAAGCGGGCUGCCCACCCAGACUACCAACAGGGUCAGGUCUGCGCAAAGAACAAAUGCUUAGUCCUUGGUGCUGGGCCAUGUGGCCUGCGGACAGCCAUUGAGCUAGCCCUGUUGGGGGCCCAAGUAGUUCUUCUUGAAAAGCGGGACUCUUUCUCCCGUAACAACGUGUUGCACCUGUGGCCCUACACCAUCCACGACCUGCGUGGCCUUGCUGCCAAGAAGUUUUAUGGCAGAUUCUGCUCUGGCUCACUGGAUCACAUCAGUAUCCGUCAGCUGCAGCUGAUCCUGCUGAAGGUGGCUCUGCUCCUGGGGGUGGAAGUGCACACUGGCGUGGAGUAUAGGGGGCUCCUGCAGCCCAAAGCCCAGGCUAAGGGUGUCACAGGAUGGAGGGCAGAGCUACAGCCCCAGGGUCACCCUGCUGGAUCCUUCCAGUUUGACGUCUUCAUCUCUGCAGGCGGGGGCCGCUUCGUCCCUGAAGGCUUCAAGAGGAAGGAGCUUAGAGGGAAGCUGGCCAUUGGCAUCACUGCCAACUUCAUCAACCGCCGAACAGCAGCUGAAGCACAAGUGGCAGAAAUCAGUGGUGUGGCUCGCAUAUAUAACCAGAAGUUCUUCCAGCAGCUCCAUACCGAGACAGGCAUUGAUCUGGAGAACAUUGUCUACUACAAAGAUGACACCCACUACUUUGUCAUGACUGCCAAGAAGAAAAGCCUUUUAAACAAAGGGGUCAUCAAGCAGGACCACAGUGAUGCAGAGCAGCUCCUCUCCUCAGCCAAUGUGAACCAGGAGGCCCUGCUGCGUUACGCCUAUGAUGCCGCCCACUUCUCCACUGAACACCACCUCCCUGACCUGGAGUUCGCCCUCAACCACGCUGGGCGCCCUGAUGUGGCCAUGUUUGACUUCACCUGCAUGUACCGCACGGAGACCGCCUCACUGGUGAAGGAGAGGCGGGGCAAGAAGCUGCUCAUAGGCCUGGUGGGAGACUGCCUUGUAGAGCCAUUCUGGCCCCUAGGGACUGGCAUUGCCCGUGGGUUUCUGGCUGCCUUUGAUGCAGCCUGGAUGGUGAGACGCUGGGGACUGGGUGUACCUCACCUGGAGGUCCUGGCUGAGAGGGAGAGCAUCUAUCAGUUGCUGUCCCAAACUACACCUGAGAACACCAGCAAGAACUACAGUGCAUAUAGUAUCGACCCCAGCACGCGAUACCCUAACAUCAACCUGUCUUCCAUCAAGCCCAAUCAGGUUCAACACCUCUAUGACGUUGCAGACCACAUGGACGGAGGCAGGCCUAGCAAGAAGCUUAAAGCAAGAGUGUCAAACCUGCGCCAAGACUCGACAGGUGGAUGUGAGGACCUGCUGAGCUGGUGCCAGCAGAACACUGCCGGGUACAAGCGGGUGAAGGUGGAGGACCUGACAACGUCCUGGAGAUCAGGCUUGGCCCUGUGUGCCCUCAUCCAUCACUUCAGGCCCAACCUCAUUGACUUCACUUCCCUCGAUGAGUCUAACACUGCCCACAAUAACCAGCUGGCGUUUGAUGUGGCUGAGAGGGAGCUGGGUAUCCCUCCAAUCAUGUCAGGGAGCGACAUGGCUGCCCAGAGCGAGCCAGACAAGCUCGCCAUGGUGCUCUACCUAACCCAGUUCUACAAUAUCUUCUCUGAAAGGACAUCCACUUCAGACCCGGAACCCCUCCUGGAUUCCCCCAAGCCCGUUUCCCUUACCAGCACCCAGUCUGUGGUCUUCUUCCUCAGUAAGCUGAAGCAUAACUCUCUGCAGAGACGCAAGGAAAAACUGAUGGCUGCAAAAAGAGAGAAGAUGUUAGAGAAGGAAGACAAUGCAGCGGUGGCCCCGCUCUCCCCCGCACAGAGCCCGGGCAGCAGUGAGCAGUGUUAUUUCUGUGGCCAGCGGGUCUAUGUGCUGGAGCGCGUAGGUGCCGAGGGAAAGUUCUUCCACCGCAGCUGCUUCACCUGCCACGUGUGCAGCUCCACCCUGCGCCUGGGCAGCUACAGCUUCAACCAGCUGACUGGAAGGUUCUUCUGCAUGCAGCAUUCUGAAGAAUCCCAGCUACAGACCAACAAGGACACCCCUGGAACACAGGAGAGUACAGCAGAUCACAGCGUGUGCAUCCCACAGCUUGUGGGAGACAGCUGGGAAGACAGCUCUCCAAACUUCCCCCCAGAGGCCAAACAGAAUGGGGUACAUGGAUCUCCAGAAGCAUGCAGACUCUCUGGGCAUUCUGCCAGUCAAAGGCCUGGCUUUGCUAAUGAGCAGCCAGAGCAUCAGGACAAGGAGGCUCAUGGCAUGCCCAGUCCAGAGGGACAUUCAGAUGAGUCUCCAGCCCGGCUUCCCGUCCCCCCGCAUACCAACCGAAAGAAUGAGCUAGAGACUGAGCAGGAGGGCAAUGGCAAUGAAAGAAGCAAUUGCAUAAACUCGUCUGUCCAGCAGAGGGCAGAUAAUCCCCCAGAACAGCACCCUGUACCAGCUGUCCGCACAUCACACUUAGCCAUCAGGGUGCGGGUGGAUAGUUCCGACGACACCCUCGACUCGACUGCCACUGUACUCCCACCGGUGCCCAAACCACGUACUAUCCCCCCAAAGACUUCCAAAGUCCCAGACCUGGUCACCACCGAGGGCAAGGAGCACCGGGGGGAAGGGCGACAGGGGGGGGAGUCUCAAGGGGAGGAGCCUCGGGAGGAGGGGCAUCGAGGUGAGGAGCCUCAGGUUGAGGGACCAGAGGAGGAAGGGCAUCAAAGCAAGGAGCAGCAGGGGGAGGAGCUUCCAGGAUUGGCAGGAAACAGCAGUUGCCCAAACUCAGCCCCAGACUCUCGGCCCAAACAGUCCCUACGCAAACUGCAGCUCACAGAGGAGGAGAAGAGCCAACUGGUGAGCCUGAACUUCAACCAAGACUCAGACUCUGAGACUGCCCCCUUCCCCUCUUCCUCCUCUUCCUCCUCCUCUGCCUCUGGUCCUCCAAAACCUCCUCGCACCCUGCUGACACCAGAUGGGUCAGGUGGUGAGGGACACUGGAGCAGUGGCUCUUCUGGUAGCUUCCGGGAGCAGACUAACCGCAGGUCAUUCAGGCGGAAGGAGGAACCAGCUGCCCAGGCCCCGUUACCACACAAAGUCCGCUCCAAGUUCUCGCCCUGGAACCUCUCCUCUCCACGGCUGGGGAGGGAGCACAGAUUUGUGGGUGUUGGCAGCCAUAAUGAGAAACCAGUGACAACAGCACAAGUUGGUGUCAACUCAUCAGACGAAGACGAAGACGACGACGAUGAUGAUGUUGAAGAUGUGGAUGUUUUCGGCGGGGAUGAUGUCAUGGCUCUGUGCGAUGAGAAGUUCCAGACAAUCCCCUCUGACCCAGUGGAGGCCCAGAAGCUGGAGUUGCUGAAGAUGCGGACGCUGGAGCGCCGGGCCAAACUGUGCGAGAUGCAGCGCUUCCACAAGGCCCAGUCCAUCCAGAGGCGCCUGGAGGAGAUCGAAGUAACCUUCAAAGAGCUGGAGGAGAAGGGUGUGCUGCUGGAGCGAGCACUCAGGGGAGAGGCAGGAUCAGGCGACUCCACAGACAUGAUCAACCAGUGGAUUCAGCUGGUGCACCAGAAGAACGCCCUGGUCUCUGAGGAGUCUGAGCUCAUGGUGGCAUCUCGGCAGCUGGAACUGGAGGACAAGCAAAGCAUGCUGGAGAUGGAGCUGCGCAGCUACAUGGAGAUGGACGAUUCUGAGAAGAGCCCUGAGCAGCGUGCGGAGGAGGAUCGGGUGCUGCAUGAGAUGCUGGACGUGGUGGACAUGAGGAACUCUCUGGUCGCCUUCCUGGAGGAGAAGAGACUGAAGGAGAUCAAUGAGCAGCUGCAAGGCGUGGCAGUCCUGGACCCCAAGAGACAUGGCACAGGGGGAGGCCAGGUGCACUGGGCCUGAGUGUCGCACACACACACGGACACACAGACAAUCACAAGUGCACACAUACACACACCUACCUUUGUG